AUGCCCAUCAAAGACUCAGAGCAUGCCUUCUGUAAUACAUGUAAAAUCACUGACCCUUUAAAUUCGAUAACACCCAUCAAAGACUCAGAGCAUUUCAUGGUGUCUGCGUUUAUCGACCACAGACUGGAUGGGGUCAUUCGAGUCAUCAGCAUAAUCAACAGAAACAGUCUUCAGCCACUUUACUGUAUUCACUGCAGCGCUGAACAAGUCUGCAAAACAGUUCACACUGAGGUCCAGAUACACGACGACCAUUUUGCCUUCCCGUUUCACGUCUCAGAUGUGAUUUGUAAAGGCAGGCACAUGCAAAAUGCAACACACGUCCUUAUAUCAACUAAAGAUUCAGAUAACAGUGCUACAGAGUAUCUGCCAAUAAAAAAUCGUGUCAGAAUGAACACUUUUAAGUAUAACUUUACCGUUUGCAGCUCCAAUCUUUUUGGUGACUACAACAGUGUACUGCAGUUUGUUCAAACAAUGGAAAUGUACAAGCUUCUGGGUGUACAGCAUGUGGUCAUCUAUAAAACUAGUUGUGGACCAGACUUGGAAAAGCUCUUAAAACAUUAUGAAACCGAGGGGAUGCUGGAGAUCGUUCCAUGGCCUAUCGACCAGUUUCUAAACCAAUCAUCAGGCUGGAACAUCAAGCACCACAAGGGAGACAUUCAGUAUUAUGGUCAGUUAGUAACACUCAACGAGUGCAUUUACAGGCACAUGUACCAGUCAAAGUAUGUUCUCCUGAAUGACAUUGAUGAAAUCAUCAUGCCUUACAAACACACCAGUUUACCAUCUGUAAUGGAGGACCUCCAGUCUGCUCAUCCCAAUAUAGGGGUGUUCCUCAUAGAGAACCACAUAUUCCCUAAAACACAGUUUGAGGAGAGUGGGAAGUUCAAACGAGCAGAAUGGAAUAAUAUUCCUGGUGUUAAUAUCAUGGAGCACAUUUACAGAGAACCUGAUCGAAAGAAC